AUGAAGAUUUUAAUUGGUCCUAUUAUAGGUAAAGUAACUGAUACUACUGCUAGAAUUUUGCUAGAAUAUGAUUAAGCUGGUGAAGUUACUGUGAAAUUAACAACUGUUAAUGGUGAAGUUAAGAAAUAAAUGAAAAAACAAUUUGAAGCUAGAAAAUCUUCUGUUUUUCAUUUUAAUAACUUGGAUCCUAAUACAAAGUAUAUUGUUAAUAUCUCUCCUUAUACGAACGAAUAUACUAGCAGUUUUAAAACCCUUGAUUUUUCCUCUAAAAAUUUAAAGAUAUGCUGGAUUAGUUGUAAUGAUGGUAGAAAAAAUUAAGCUUAUAAAGACCUUAAUCUAUGGAUAAAUCUUUCAUAGGAAGUUUUGGAUGGAAAAUAUGAUUUAAUAUGCCACAUUGGAGAUUAAGUUUAUUUGGAUUCUGAUGAAUGGUUAGGUAAUACUAACAAUACUUAUCAUAAACUUAAAGAAGAAAUCUUUUAAAAAGUACCAUAGAAUUAAUGGGCUGAUUAUUAUGAAUAAAUUAAAGAAGCAAUAAAAGACGAAUACAGAUUUGUAUGGAAUUAUCCUCCAACUGCAAAAGUUUUGGCUAAUGUAUCUAAUAUUAUGCUCUACGAUGAUCAUGAUAUAAGAGAUAAUUGGGGAUUUCUUCCUGAAGAUUAUGAUCCAAAUUCUGCUGAUUAUUAUUAUGGAAGGGUAUGUUAACAAGUAUACUAUGAAUAUUAAAGAUAACUUAGAGAUGAAACACUUGAUCUAUCUAACACAUAAAGUAUAAAAGAAGAAUACUUUACUUUGAAAAUGGGUAAAAUAGGAUUCUUUUUUUCAGAUCUUAGAGGAGAUAGAGCAUGGCAUAGAACUUAAUAAUUUGAUACUACUAAAGUUUUUCAAGAAAAAUAAUGGCAAAAAUUAGAUGAUGCUUUGAAUUAAGAGUUUAAAGAUGUAGAAAAUUUUGUUUUUGUUUCUUAAAGUACUGUUGUGUUUUUAAAUCAUACAAUAAAUCACUUAAUUGCUUAAAAGAUCAAAGAUAGUGAAGAAUAAUGGGUUGAAAAUUUAGAUGAAUAAUAUAAGCUUUUAAAAAAGUUGUACGAUUGGAAAUUCUAAAACACUAAUCUUAAUCGAGAAGUUACUAUUAUUUGUGGAGAUAUUCAUUUUGGAGGACAUACUGAUAUAUACUUUUAAAAUAAACCUGCAUUUAAGUAAUUUACUUCUAGUUCAAUAACUAAUGGAGUCAAAGAUAAAUUUAAAAGAGUUUUAUCAUACCUUGGUGCAGCUGUUUCUGAAGAUCUAAAAGGAGGUUUUCAUUUUUGUAAUCAUGAUUGGACAGGAAAAAAUAACUAUGGUUGGAUUUUAAUUACCAACAAAACCAAAAAGAAUAAUUAAUAGCAAAAUUACGUAUCUUGUUAAUAAGUAAUAGCAAGAGACUAAGAUGAAAAUUAGAAAGGCACUGUUAUAAGUAAUUAAAUAGAUAAUCUCACUUUUUUUUCAAGCAAAAGCGAAACAAAUUCAUGUUGUUAAAUAUUCUGA